GCCCCGCCCCGCGUUGCCAUGGCGGCAGCCCCGCUGUUCUCCAAGGCCGAGUACCUGAAGCGCUACUUGUCCGGGUCCGAGGCCAGCGGCCCUGCGGGUUCCGAGUCCAUUCUCAAGCGUAGCAAAAAGCGGCCUGAGCCUGGCGGUGCCGGCGGCAAGGGAAUGCGGAUUGUGGAUGAUGAUGUGAGCUGGACAUCUAUCUCCACCACUAAACCCGAAAAGGAGGAGGAGGAAGAUGAUGGAGAUUUGCCGGUGGUGGCUGAGUUUGUGGAUGAGCGGCCAGAAGAGGUAAAGCAGAUGGAAACCUUUCGUUCCAGUGCCAAAUGGAAGCUUCUGGGAGGUCACACUGAGGAUCUACCUUCACACGGGCAUUCCGGCCAUGACUCCCCGGACUCUUCUUCACCUGGGAGGGUCCGCCAUGACUCCCCGGACCCUUCUCCCCCUGGGAGGGUCCGGAGGGUCCGCCAUGACUCCCCGGAUCCUUCUCCGCCUGGGAGGGUCCGCCAUGACUCCCCGGAUCCUUCUCCCCCAGGGAGGGUCCGCCAUGACUCCCCGGAUCCUUCUCCCCCAGGGAGGGUCCGCCAUGACUCCCCGGAUCCUUCUCCCCCUGGGAGGGUCCGCCAUGACUCCCCGGACCCUUCUCCGCCUGGGAGAGCCCAUCAUGAUGCACCGGAUCCCUCUCUGCUCAGGAAGCAUUAUCGUCCUUCAGGUGUGUCUCCUAGAAGGGCCCGUCAUGACACACCAGAUCCAUCUCCUCCUCGGAGGGCCCAUCACAGUUCCUCAGAUAUUCCUCCUCAGAGAAAGGCCCGUCACAGCUCCCCGGACACCUCUCAACCUAGAAGGCCUCCGGAAUCCUCGGCCACAUCAAAGCUCAGGAGGGCCCGUCACGACUCCCCUGAUUCGCCUCCUAAUGUUCCUCAUUCACUGCACAGAACCGAAGGCAGUAACGCCCCAGAAAGAGCCUCUAGCAAAACUCCUCCACAUCGGGAGGUGCCAGGACCCUCUCAGCCCUGUCCGAGGAGCAGCAAGUAUGAAUGUGACUCAGACCUCUCUCCGCCACGAAAACGGCAAGCCACAUUUCAUUAUGGAAAUAAACUGCAUGGUUCUAAAGGCUCUCCACCCAGCCGUAGGAAACUUCAUACGAGUUCGUCACCUCGAAGACGUCACAGUCACACGUUGGGCUCUUCCUCCUACCCAGGGGACAGUCGGAAAGCCUCUGAUUCAGAACUGUCUCCACCUCGAAGGACUCAGUCGCUGGGAAAGAAGGCUGCACACAUGUAUCCUGGGGCUAAAACUGGGUUGGUGUUACCUGACAUACAGCGAGAGCAGCGGGAACUCCAGGAACAGGACCAAGAAGCCAUGGCAUUUGAAGCUGAGUUCCAAUAUGCUGAAACCCUAUUUCGAGAUAAGUCUGGUCGUAAGAGGAAUUUGAAACUGGAACGUUUAGAGCAGAGGCGAAGAGCAGAGAAGGACUCACAGAGAGAUGAGCUGCAUGCCAAGUGGGGAAAAGGGCUUGCCCAGAGCCGGCAGCAGCAACAAAAUGUGGAGGAUGCAAUAAAGGAAAUGCAGAAGCCCCUGGCCCGCUGUAUUGAUGAUGAAGAUCUGGAUCGGAUGCUGAGUGAACAAGAAAGGGAGGGGGACCCCAUGGCCAACUUUAUCAAGAAGAAUAAGGCCAAGGAGAAUAAGGAUAAGAAAGUGAGACCUCGCUACAGUGGCCCAGAACCUCCUCCCAACAGAUUGAAUAUCUGGCCUGGGUAUCAUUGGGAUGGAGUGGACAGAUCCAAUGGAUUUGAACAGAAACGCUUUGCCCGGCUUGCCAGCAAGAAGGCGGUGCAGGAACUUGCCUACAAGUGGAGUGUCGAAGAUAUGUAACUUUUCUGAGGCUGUGGGGGUUCCUGGAGUUUGUGGUACUGGACACAGACCAGCCAGAUGUCUAGCUGUAAAAGCUAUCUGUGCUAAUAAUCAGGGCCCACACACACCAGCAACUCUUUGAAUGCUAGUUUUGAACCACUGGAGAAGAAUUUCACCAUUUGGAUAGAAGAAUAUUUGAAACCUGAUGUUUGGACUGAGGCACCUGUAAUUUCUCAGGUGUGCCUGCACUGGCGGUUGUAGCUGGCUUUCAGAAGAAACGUUGAUUUCUAGUGUCCCAGGGUUUGUUCUUGGUUAGGUUUUUUAAUAAACAUACAUUUAUUUAUUU